AUGGCAUUUGUAUUUUAAGCUGAAAGAACAGAUAUACUAUAGUAGAGUGGUGUUUCACAAGACAUUGGACCUGGUAGCUAUAUAACACAUGAAUAUUAUAAGGUAAAAUAAGGAAAUGCUCCUUUUGAUUCAUCUGUUAGUAGGAGUGAAAGAAAUAAGAAUGAAAUUAUUCCUGGGCCUGGUAGUUAUUAUUAAGAUAAUGAAUAUGAUAAGUAUUAAUGUACCUUAUCAAGUAACACAUAUGGAAAAUAGCAUUCACCUAAACAUAUGAAGUUAUCUGAUAAAUAAUAGUAGUCGUUUAUAUUUGCAUCAGCAUCUAAGCGUUUUGAGGCACCAAAAGUAUUUAUGACACCAGGACCUGGAUCAUAUGAAACUGAUAUAGUUAUUGAUAAACCAAUUCAGUAAUAGUUUAUAUCUUAAAGUUAUAUGGAAAUUUUGAGAAGUUUGAAUAAAUAUUAAUCAAUCCCUUCAAUUCCAACUGAUAAUUAGGUUUACGGUUAUACAGAGAAAGGAGUACAUGAUUUGGAGUCUAAUUAAAAUCCUGAUGAUACUUACUCAGGAAUUAAGUAAGAUACUGUUGGACCUGGAAAGUAUGAAAUAAAAGAUACAUUUGAAUAAAAUCGAAAUAAAGGUCCUUGUUGGCAUAAAUCAAAAAUUCCACGAUUUGAUCCUUCAAUCUCAAAGGAUAUAAAUUAGAAAGUGGGUCCUGGCAGUUAUAAUUACAGCAACUCAAUUACUCCAAUAUACAAAUUAAGUCCAUCUGGAAAUUUUAAAUCUAAAUCCAGUCGAACUUUUGAUAAUACAAAAGGUGAAAAAUAAAAAUAGUUUAUGAAAAUCUAUUUCGACAAAUAAAAAGAGAAACUAAUGAGAAAUCCUGGUUACUCUGAUUUAGAGGAUGAAGAAUUCGAAUUUUCUGAUGUUACUACUCCUGGUCCUGGUCAUUAUUUUGGAAACACUUCUACACAAUCUGUAUCAUCUAAACAUUCUUAAUAAUCCAUUAAAUUAGGAUACAAUUGUUUUGGAUCUCGAACUAAAAGAUUUUAAGAAUAAAAAGUUCAAUAUUAGAUAGGACCAGGAGAGUAUUAAUUAGAUACAGAAACAGUAAAAUACAACAUCGUUUAACCUCCAUUUUAUUCAUCAAACACACGAUUUGAAGAGAAAUACUUGGGUCAAUUGCCAGGUCCAUAAACAUAUGAUCCAAAAAUAACUUUAGCAGAUAAAUUAAUGAAGAAAUUAGAAAGAACUCCAAUAGGGAAUUUUGGAAUAAAUGAAUCAAGAUAUAAGGAAGAAUAUCAUCAAGUGCCAGGACCAGGAUCUUAUGAAAUAAACAAUAAACUAUAAAAAGGGAUCAAUUCUAUUUUUAAAUCAAAAACUGACAGGAAUAUAUCUCUUAAAUAGAAAACUGACAAUUUUCCAGCUCCUGGAACUUAUAAUGUUUAAAAUAAUACAAUAGAGCAUGAAAUCAAAAAGAACCAUGAAGAAAAUCAAGAAAUCAAACAAUAAAAACAAGCAUUUGGUUCAUCUAUGCCUAAGUUUAUCAGUAGGAAAAAUAUACAAGAGUAAGUGCAUUAAGAGUUUGAAGAUGAAGAAGAAGAAGAGGAAAUAAAAAAAUUACAUAACUCAUCUGGGUUACUUAAAAAAAGGAAGAAUGUCUAAGCCUCCUUCAAUGUUAGGGAAAAUAGAUUUCAAACUAAAAAGAAAGAUACAUAUAAAUUAGGCCCUGGAGAAUACUAUAGUCCAAAUUGUAGUAAGUGGGAGAAAAAAAGUUUUAAUGUGUUAUUUUAAAAAAUAUGA